AAUAUUUUUAUGACGCAAAUAUAAAUACAUGUCCAUUGAAGCUAUAAAAUCAAAUUUGAUCAGUUUUUGGCGCUGUUUUAAUAAAUUAAAAUUAAUUAAACUGAAAGUUAUCGUUAAUUGCAUUUAAUUGAGACAGUACUUGGCAUAUUUAUGUAUUAUGUAAUUUUAUCAAGGUAGGUAAUUUGAAAUGUUUAUAAACGUAUUGGCAACAGUGCUUAGAUUUUGAUAAAUUUAUUAAAAUAUAUACAGGUAAGAAUAAUUAAUAUAAAUGUAAUUUUCUUUUCUUAAUCUGCUUAAUCCAAUGUACUUAUGAGUAAUUGAUGUUUUUUUCUUAAUUUUACUUGUACUGAUACCAUCAUAUCUUUAAAGUAUCUGUAUUAUAUACAGUUACUCUUACAUUUAUGGUUUUUAAACAAGAUACACGCUUAUACAUAUAUUAUUAGCUACAUUUUUAUAAUAGUUGCAGUUUUGUGUAAAAAUGAGAUACCUAUUAACGGUAAAAAAUAUUGUUUAUUUAUAUUGUGUUAAUACCGGUUUGUAGUUCGCGGGUUUGUUCUACUUCCUUCUUAGGUGAUGACUUAUCAGUUUUCUGUCAAAUUGUGCUGACACGCGUCGUGUUGUCAAUUUCAGUACAUGGUAAGCGUAACUUAUAUUGACAAUUAAAAAGGGAAACAUAUCAAAAUUUCCCUCAGAUCGACUUGGAAUGAAGAAUGAAAUGAAAAGCAAAGUUGGAAAUAACAAAACCUACCACGCAAUUCCCUUUCAUCACAUGUUCAACAUUUGCUUUGUUGUGAACAGCAACAGCGUAAGAUGCAUGUAAAAUGCGCAGACCCAAAAAUUAAACAUAGGCCUGCAUGAAAGGAAGGCGCAUGCGUUCCUCAGUUUACAGUUGGGUCUCGGCAGAAAAUGGCGUCUGCUAAGUUUCUCGAAGAAGCUCUAAGAUCAGACGUCGAUGAGUCGGCCGUGAAUGCAAUUGUGGGUUCUUUAGAGAACCAGCUCGUCACAUCGACGCCGGCGGUGUCGAUCCAGUCAAAUACAAGCAUCGGAAUUAACCAAAAUCAUAUAAACAGUGCAAUAUCUAAUGGCGGGACAGUUCCCUCACAGAAACAUGGGGCCAUCAUAAACGGCGAGUCUAUAGUUAGCUCGGCAACAACCGCGGAUACUAACAAACUGGUAGUGAAUAAUGCGUUAUCCGGCACUAUAAUCACGGGCGCGGCGGCCCAGGUAGCUACAGGAGCCGUCACGACUAGUUAUGUGAACCAAGUGAACAAUAAUAAUCACAACAAUAACAGCAGUAACUCACAGACCUCAAAGGCUAAUGAUACUGGUGGUGGUGGCGGUGGUGUUAAAGUAGUGUUUUCACAAAGUGGACAGACAAUGACUAGUGCGGCAGCGGUCCUUUCCAACAGGGUCGCCACUUUCCCCACGUCUCAGACUAUACCUAAUGGUACCAUUGGGUUGUCUUCUCUUACACCCCAAACUGUUCUUCAGACAACCACCACAAAUGUGCAAACAAUACAAGCCAAACAACCCACAAUAGUAAUAAAAACUAGUGGGGCACCUGCAGGUUCACCCGGUUUAGUAACAUUACCCAUGAACGUUUCGCCAGUGCCACAGGUUAAUAAUGUAGGUACUCCUUCGUCACAAUCCUCUACCACUGUCCUUUCUAAUCUUCAAUUAGUUAACGUACGUCCUGGGGUACCCACACAACCACAGAAGGGCCAGCCAGCUCGGGUUGUGCUUAGUGCACCACAGAUGGUUGGGGCCCGUCCUGGAGCUCCACAGUUAACUCUUCAAAGUUUACAUGGUCUACAGCCUGGUCAGCAAGGACACCUGUUGCUCAAAACAGAAAAUGGUCAGUACCAGUUGUUACGUGUGGGGCCUGCACCGGGUGUUGCGACGGGGUUGCCUGCAAGCUCGGUCCCCGGUGCAACGACACCGGUCACGUUUCGUAUGCAAGCAGUGCCAGCAGUAAGUAGGCUCAACAUUCAGUUCACACCCGGUCCUACUAUUGCCACUAUAGCACCACAAAAGACCAUAGUCCAACAGGGAGCAACAGCUGCUCCUGUAUCCAGCCCUGCACCUGCCUCUGGAGUCACAACUGUCAAUAAUUCUGCAGUUCCAACAGUGGUACAAACAGCAACCCCUGUGCAGAGACCGGCAAACGACAAUACCAAAGAAAAGUGCCGCAAGUUCCUAGCAAACCUUCUAGAAUUGUCAAGCAGAGAACCCAAGUCUGUAGAACGUAGUGUAAGAACCUUAAUUCAAGAACUAAUAGACAUGCACGUCGAACCCGAAGAUUUUUGCGAUCGGCUCGAACGUCUUCUAAAUGCUUCGCCACAACCGUGCCUCAUUGGAUUUUUAAAGAAAAGCUUACCGCUGUUACGACAUUCGCUCGCCACGAAAGAACUGUCGAUAGACGGUAUCCGUCCACCACCCGCCAACGUCGUCUUUUCCAUACAGAGUGGGACGGCUGCCGUCGCGACGGUAUCCACUCAAGUACGACCUGCCGCGGUUGCAUCAUCCCAAGUGCGACUUGUAGCGCCUGGUGCGACCGUCGUACGACCUGCUGGUGCUGGUCACGUCGUUCAACAACGUCUUGUUACCCCUGUACGUGGUGCUGUUCAACAAACUACAAGAAUGGUGGCUACUAUACGCCAACCGAACUCCGUUGCGACGCCCGUUGCGGUAUCAAGCUCACAGCCUCCCGCUCUUCAUCCUGUUUUUCCCGCAACUAAUCAAGUCCGCGCGACCGGUGCGACAGUAGUACGUCAGCAGCCUGUUCAGGUGCGUACGCCAGUAGCCGUUCGAACGGCAGCGACGCCCGUACAAGUCAAGGGAACCGGAGCGUCCGGUACUCAAGCUGCUUCUCAAAAAUCGCUUGGCGUAUCAUCCGGAAAACCAUCAGUGCCUUCGUCAACGUCAAAGUCCUCUAAAGACAAGGACAAAAAGGCGUCGUUUUCGGCGUCCGCGGCUGCGGCGGCUUACGCGGGAAAUGUUGCCGGUGAUGAUGACAUCAACGAUGUGGCCGCUAUGGGUGGUGUUAAUUUGGCCGAAGAAACGCAAAAAAUUCUGGGAUCGACGGAAUUUGUUGGUACACAAAUUCGGUCUUGUAAAGAGGAUGUUUUACUAAAUAUGGGACCGUUGCAACAAAAACUACGACAAGUAAUGCAAAAGCACGGUCUCGAUGAACCCAGUAACGAAGUAGUUGCCUGUGUUUCGCAUGCUGUACAAGAACGACUCAAAAAUUUGAUCGAGAAAUUAUCGAUUAUUACAGAACACCGUCUAGAAAUGGUGAAGACAGAUCAACGAUACGAGGUUACCAGUGAUAUCAAAGGUCAGUUGAAGUUUCUGGAGGACCUAGACCGAGCAGAACGAAAAAGGCAUGAAGAGUUGGAGCGAGAAAUGUUACUAAGAGCGGCAAAAAGUCGAUCGAAAACGGAAGAUCCAGAACAAGCCAAAUUAAAAGCGAAAGCGAAAGAAAUGCAAAGGGUUGAAAUGGAAGAACUGAGACAACGAGAGGCAAAUGCAACUGCGCUCCAAGCUAUUGGUCCUCGGAAGAAACCUCGACUUGACGGAGAUGCUAGCGCUGGUUCAUCACAGACAAGUACUGGGUCUUUCCACAGUGGCGCGAGAGGUCAGUUACCGCUAAGGGCAAGAAUGAAAAAGGUCACGUUAAGAGAUCUGCAAUUUUUGUUUGAAACGGAAAAGGAUCUUUGUAAAAGUCCGCUCCUGUACAAAUCGUAUCUCAAGUGAUGCACGCUUUUUCUCGUCAGUGUUGUGAUAUUUGACUCUUACGAAAAUGAAAAGAAAAAUGGCAACAAAUCCCUUUGGAUUAUAUUCUAAAAAAACACAAACAGGUAAGAAGGACGGAGAGAGACUUAUUUUAUUCCAGUCACGAUAUGCAGGGUGUGUGCGAGAAUGCGUGAGAGAAAGAAAGAAAAUUUAGUGAUACCAAGAGAUAGGUAACUGAAUGAAAUUAAUUUUUGUAGGGAAAACGCUUCCACUUUAAAUGAGUGGAAUUUUGUCGCCUAAUCAAUCAAAGCGAGAUGCUUGCGCGAUUAAUAAUAAUUUAUUUAUUUUUUCCUUCGUGUUCUUAUUUUAUUUGUUGUU